AUGCCUCAACCUUGUGGUGGCUGUCGCACUUGUAGCUCUUGCCAAGAACAACAGUUCACAACCUGCCUUCAGCGACUGACUGCACUCCUGCGCACCAACCCCGAACAGUUCCCACGCAUCCAAUACGCACGCCGGAGGCUCCGUCUAGUCCCGCCAAUAGCUCGCCUGAACGUGCUGCGCACCGCGCACCACAAUUUGCAGCGACUUACUGGAGAUCGCAGAACUGGCGAGAGAAUUGUCAGGUUCAUGGACCGAGCCAUUGAUGUCACCCUCGCCCAACCAAACCGCCAGCCGAACGGUCAUCCGAACGGCCAACCGACGGGGACCCAAGCCAGAGUCCCUCAAGCGCUGCGACAGCUUCUUGGUCGCUUGGAAGGCGAAAUAGCUACAAGGCUGAUACUGGACAUGACGUAUGAGUUCGUAAGACAACAGAGCAUGCCUUUUACUGGAGGCGGCCCGCCAAACGUACGACCAAGGACACAGAAUGCUGCAGUGGAGGGCAGUCGCCAGCCGAACCCUCACCCUGCAUCAGCAAACAUGGCCGACUCUGCCGGUCAACGACCCAUAUGCAAUUGUCUGUUGGCCGGCCAAUCAGUGGCGCCGAAUUCGGUCACGUACACGCGUAGUCAACCAAACAACCAGCUGCUGUCGCCCAACAGCGUGCUUUCUUACAAUCAGUUUUCAGAGCACUUUCAUGUAUUGCCCAACUGCUCCACCUCCAGGAGGCUGGCUAUUAGUCUAGAAAUAGAAUCUGGCUCCGUCGCUCCUGGAUUCCGUCCUUACUCUAUGGACCUGACCCUCGCUCCUUCUAGCAAUCCCAGGGAUGCCGAUUCUUCGGCACCAGACUUGCUGCAGUCAUUGGUUCUGAGAAAUGCUUCGUUACGAAUGCCAAAGGGCAGGGUUCCUCCAAUCUGUCCGGCACAUGAUCAGCCUCUGAUCUUACCUGAGCCACUUGAGCCGCAUACAAUUAUAGGCCCCUUCAGAAUCAAUCCAUUCAACCCUCGGAGAUUCUUUGGGUUGACUGGUGAACCUGACUGCAUUCUUCAGGGCAACAGUGUUGUCUGGGUCAAAGCCCCGGCCUGGUGGUGGCCGGGCUAUCCGGAUGCUCUUCCCUGGCGAGGCUAUCCAGAUCGACUUCCUUGGCCAGACUACCCAAGCAAUACCCCACCGCGUUUGCUUUUUGAGGGAGCCUCCGACGAAGAUGGCGAUCAGCGAUUUCACAAUAACACUGCCGAGGAUCUCGAUGAGCCCGUCUUCACGUAUACGCGGACGGCCACUGCCUUCAAGAUUCCGGGUUAG